GCUCAAAGGCUAGCUAGCCUUUAGCUUAAGAUCAGAACAGACCAGGAUCAGAACAGACCAGGAACAGACCAGGAACAGAACAGGAGCACAACAGACCAGACCAGGAACAGAACAGACCAGGAUCUAAACAGACCAGGAUCAGAACAGACCAGGAACACAACAGACCAGACCAGGAUCAGAACAGACCAGGAUCUAUACAGACCAGGAUCUAGACAGACCAGGAUCAGAACAGACCAGGAUCAGAACAGACCAGGAACACAACAGACCAGGAUCAGAACAGACCAGGAACACAACAGACCAGGAUCAGAACAGACCAGGAACACAACAGACCAGGAUCAGAACAGACCAGGAUCUAUACAGACCAGGAUCAGAACAGACCAGGAUCAGAACAGACCAGGAUCAGAACAGGAUCUAUAUAAAGUGUUCUUCAGGUCGUCUCUGCAGUCACGUGUGUUCAUGGUAACCUCCAGGAGAGAGGAGCAUCUUCAUCACCAUGGCGUUCACCGAGGAGCAGCCGGAGAAACAUUGUUGGGUGUGCUUUGCCACGGAGAAGGAUGACCACAGUGCAGAGUGGGUCAGCCCCUGCAGGUGUAAAGGCUGUACUAAAUGGAUCCACCAGUCGUGUCUGCAGCGCUGGCUGGACGAGAAGCAGAAAGGAAACAGUGGAGGAGCCGUCAGCUGUCCUCAAUGUGGAACUGAAUACCACAUCACCUUCCCCAAGAUGGGCCCGUUGGUGUUUGUCCUCCAGCAGGUGGACCGAGCGCUUUCUCGGAUCAGUCCCUUCGCUGCUGUCGGGGUCGUGGUCGGAACCGUCUACUGGUCCGCCGUCACAUACGGAGCCGUGACCGUCAUGCAGGUGGUGGGACAUAAGAAGGGUCUGAAUGUGAUGGAGCGAGCUGACCCUCUGUUCCUGUUGAUGGGGCUGCCCACCAUUCCUGUGCUGCUGGUGCUGGGAAAGAUGAUCCGCUGGGAGGAUUGUCUGGUGAGGCUGCUGCAGAGAUACUACUAUAAAGGGAAGCUCCAACCAGCUUCUAGUCGUUUCCUGUCCAGAGUCCCUGCUGACGGUUUCGGUGCAGGAGACCACCUCUCUGUGUCCAGGACUCUCUGUGGAGCUCUGAUCUUUCCCUCCAUCGCCAGUCUGGUGGGACGGCUGCUGUUUGGACUGAUGUCCUCUAAUCUACAGCGCACGAUGCUGGGCGGCAUGGCAUUUGUGUUGAUUAAGGGAGCGCUGAAAGUGUAUUUCAAACAGCAACAGUGCAUCAUUCAGGCCAGCCGGAACAUUCUCAACUACCCAGAGAGAGAUGGAGACGGACAGAAUGAAGGUGGAGACGAGGACACGGAGGACAGUGGAAAUGAAUAGUAGUACUAAUGUGGACAGAGGCCAGAGAUGAUCCAUCAAACACAAAGAUCAAUGCUUCUGUAGAUGAGAAGAGUUUUGGUAAGAAGCUUUUUGUCUGUUAAAAAGCUUGAUCUGCCUUCACUGGAAUUACCAACAACCUCAACACAUCAGUGAAGAAUGUCUAAGGAACCUUUUACUUUGUCUCCAACAUGUGAUCAACAAGACUUCUCAGACUCCACAAUGAUUCAGCUCUAGUGUACAGUGUAUUGACACUGUAUCUGUCAGCCUUUGAUUCUUGUCUCAACAACAAAAGAUACUUUAAGAUAUUUAUGCAAUAUGAUUUGUGGCCUUAUCUUUUAAUAUGGUGCCCAAAUAAAGAACUACAAUUCUUAAC